UAGACCGCGGAGAUGAUCCGUCCGUCAGUUCUAGUAAGUACCCGGAGCAGAGAGGAUACAGAACCCUGAACCCUGAACUACGCUUCGAUAAUUCUACUCUAAUUAUAGAAAUAAAAUAAAUGAUGGUGAUAUUUGUGGACAGUUUGAAACUGUAGUUAUAUAUAUUAGAGACAACAUAAUUCCUGUAUCAAGCUUGGCUGGAUAAACAAGAAAAUUACUGAGAGAGUUUAACGAGCGGAAGAAUGGCAUCGUAUUGUUUAUCUGAAUAAAGAUAAAGUUGUGAAUAUUCAGUGAUUAAAAUCUAUCUAAGUUCAAGAUGCAAAGAGGCAACAUUUUUCUAGUUUUGACACAGGUUCUUCUUACCCUGAGAGGACUAUCCGGAGAAAAUGAGAACUCCGUUGAGACAGAAACCUCUCCUGCGGAGCAGGUUUUCCAACCCUCCGUCUCCGCAACCUGCAGGGCCGGGAUCAUGACCAUAAGAGUUGAGACCCCGUCUAAGUUCAAUGGUGCAGUACACACGAGGGACUACAGGAAGAGCGCGUGUACCAGCUACGGGUUGGGGGGCACGGAGACAGAGUUGAACAUCAAUAUGCUGACAGAGAAGAACAGUGACGGGUUCUGCGGAGUUUACAUAAACGAGAAAACUGAGGAGCGAAGUGUUGCUGUAGCUGUCCGGAUACAUCGAACCCUGGAGCUGGCUGACGACAAGUUCUACAUCAUCACCUGCGGGAAGGCGGGCUUCCAGAACACGCACAACGAGACCAGCCUGGUGACCCUCCAGCUGCUGAGGGAGGGCAGGAAGGUUCAACAGGUCGUCUACGGCAGGGAAUACAUGCUUAGGGCCCAUAUCUCCCAACCGGACGGCACCUUCGGAAUGAGAGUAAAGAGAUGUUUUAGUUUCUCCGAUCUGAACUCUACAGUAGAGCUGGUGGAUGAGAGAGGGUGUCCUGAACCCACAAUUAUGUCAGAGUUCACGUACAAUAGAUCCAGCGGGGCAGCUGAAGCAAAGCUGUUCUCCAUGUUUAAAUUUCCUGAGAGUAACCGAGUUCAUUUCCAGUGUGAUAUCCUAAUAUGUAAAGGAGAUUGUCCUAAACCUGAUUGCGAGGAAGCCUUUGAUUCCAGUCUAACUCCAAAGGCUCGAUCCCUGGAGGACCCAGUAGCUGAUGCACUGACCCAGCCUGUAGAUACCGGAGCUCUAAUGGCGUCCUACUCCGUGUUUGUCGUGGAACCAGGAACCCUCCCAGUUGAGGUUGAGAGUGUAUGUGAGAACUGUGGUGUGAACCCUGUCUGGCUGCUCUAUCUGUGUAUUGCCUUCGGUAUCCUGUUCCUAGUGAUGCUGGUCAUCAAUCUGUUCCUCUGCACAGCUAUGAGCUGUUCAUGCACUAAGGAUACUAAGGGGGAGAAAGAAACCUCGUAUCUAGAAGAUUUCGAUCCUUAUGCUCGCCCAUGGCACGGUUCCCAAUACGGCUCCAGAUGUGCCCUGGGUAGUUUGUCUCAUCAUCCCGAGGGUAGCUCCCGUCCUACCUCUCCAUCCAACCAUACUGGGUCAACCAGCCUAGAUUUCAGGUAUUCACUGAACGGUGGUAUUAAGACUGUCCCAGUUCCCUACCUGCCAGCUGAUACUGCCAGAUCGGUCAGCUCGACCUCAGAAUAUGGAGUCGGAGGAGUCACCAGCAGACCAAACUCCAGGCACUCACAUAGACCCAGGGGACCUGCCUCUACCUCAGGAUCUAACUCAGGAUACUCUAGACAAAGCAGCAGGGGAGCUCUGGUAGCAAAAUAAGAAACUUGAAAACUAUCUGAAACCAGGAUCAGAGAUUAAAAGCAGAGUUAGCUCUCAAAUCUAUUUCAGAGAUGUUCUAACCUGAAACCAAGAACAGAGAUAUCUCUUGAACCUAUAUCAGAGAUCUUGUUUCAUAAAAGCAAAAACAGAGAUAUCUCUUGAACCUAUAUCAGAGAUCUUGUUUCUUAAAAGCAAGAACAGAGAUAUCUCUUGAACCUAUAUCAGAGAUCUUGUUUCUUAAAAGCAAGAACAGAAAUUUCUAUGGAACCUAUAUAAGAGAUCUUGUUUCCUAAAAC